AUGGAAUCCAAUGUCAAGUUGGAUGAAUGUUACAGCUUGAUUGAGUGUUGCUAUUUCCAGAAUGUCCUUAAUGAUAUACCACAAUCUAAGAAGACUUGCUUAUCAGUGAUCAAGUUACUCAAUCAUCUUUCCAAACUGUCAUCAGAUGGUGACAGUAUCAGGUUUUUAUCCAAGUUAUGUUUAGAAUUGUACGAAGUGAUAAGUAAGAACGGAAAUGCAAGUUUCCUAUCUCCAAAUGAUAAGAUUUGCUGGAUCAGCUCUAAAAUUGAUUCAAAUUUUUAUUACCCUAUAAUAGACCAUAAGUUCCAUACUAGAGAAUUAUAUGCAGCUAAGUAUGAUGAUUUGGAACUACCUUCGCAUUUUAGUGUGAGCUAUAAGCCGAUUGAUUUGGUAAAUUGGGGGACUGAUCAUUUGGAUAGCUUGUAUCAAGAUUUAUUAACUAAUUGUUCAUUUGUUUCGGCAAUGUUAUCGAUAAUUGAGAUUAACCAGUUUCAACGCUUAUUGGAAUUAGUUACUCCACAUAAGCCCAAUGAAAACUAUUUGGUAACAUUCAAUUUUAAUGGCUGUAAGCGACUAGUUCGAAUUGAUAAUAAGUUUCCUAUAGUAAUAGAUAAUCCUCAUCGAAAUUUAUUCAUUAAAUCUUUUGAUAAAAAUGAUUUGUUAUGGCCGGCUUUGAUCGAAAAAGCUUUUUUGAAAGUAAUGGGCAAUGGUUAUAAUUUCAAAGGUUCAAAUAUGUCCAUCGAUACUUAUAUGCUUAUUGGCUGGUUACCGGAAAUUAUAAGAAUGAAAAAUGGUAUAUUACCAAAUAACUUUGAUCAACUUUGGAGAUUUCAUCAAAGUGGCUUGAUUACGCUUGGUGUGGGUACCAGUGGAUUGAAUGAUGAUUGUAUUUCAAGAUUGAAAUUAAUUUCUUACCAUGAUUAUGUCAUAUAUCUGUACGAUGAAGAUUCAAUAACUUUGAAAAACCCUUGGAUUUCAAAUGAAAAUAAAAUCGAUAGAAUGAUUAAAUUGCAAAAAUUCGAUUUAAGGUUCAUUAGUUAUUUAUAUAUCAACUGGAAUCCAGAAAAAUUAUUCAAAUUUCAUUCAAAUUACAAUUUUGUUUCUAAUAAGAUUGAUCAGGAUACCGUUCAUUGGUAUAAAAAACCACAGUUUUACCUCUACAAUCCUACUGCGGACGAAGAAGAAAUCUGGUUGAUGUUAGAAUCUCAUAUUCAACAUGUUAAUUCAACCACCCAUAUCAAUUUGUCAAUUUUUAAAACUGAACACGGAGAGAAAGUAAUGCUUCCCAACCAAUAUUUAUUAUUGAAAAAUUGUGAAAUAAAUAAUACUAGAAUAAUAUUACUCAAGUUCAAAUUAAAACCGAAGGAGUUUUAUACAAUUGUUGUUUCGGGACCUCCAUUAAAUUCUUUCACAUUAUCUCUAUUCAAUAAUAUCUCAGAAGAGUUUAAAUUAGCCAAGUCUCCUUUCAAAUACAAUCAAGUGUUACCUUUGAUCAAUGACGAAUGGAACUUUUUGAACGAUGGUGGGAAUUGGUCACUAUCAACGUUUCUCAGCAACCCGCAGUAUGAAUUGGAAAUCAAACAGGAUACAACAAACAUGCUAAUAUUAUUGUUCAGUGAAUCAAAUCAAAGGGAUAUAAAUUUCCAUUUAUUCUAUUCUGAUGAUAAAAAUGUUCCUUUGAGAAAUUUUGAUAAAUCAAAAUUGAUUUUUAAUGAAAGCUAUACUUCAACCUCUCAUUUUCACGAUAUCAAGAAUUUGAAGCCUGGUUCCUAUAAACUUAUUCUAUCAUCUUACAAUAUUGGCCCGGAAUCUCCUUAUACCCUUUCAAUCCUUCAUGAUACGUCUUUAGAUAAUGUCAAAAUCACUAAAUUUUCAAAUCGAUUGGGUCUAUUCUUAAACAGCACUAAAUUUGAUUGGGAUCACAAUAAUCGAAUGAAAAUCUAUUUCAAAACUGAUGGUUCAAAUUGUAAUUUUUCAAUCCAUCUUAAACAUUCAAAUAAUACUUCGAGUAUCGAGUCUAUCAGUGACUAUAGACCGGCUAUGAGAGGCUCAGUUUUCAAUGCUCAAACAGAAGAACCAAUUCAAAUAAACGAACAGUGGAAUGACUCUGUUUAUGGUAUUCACAUCGAUUGCAAAACUGACUUUCCUGGUGUAUAUAUUUUAUUGGUUGAAAGAUUCGAAGCAGGUCUUGGAACUUGCAUUGUUGAUGUGGGCUGUGAUAAGCAGUUCAGCUUGGGGUAA